CCGAACCAGGUUGUUGCACGCGACGCCCUUCCAUGCCGAUAACCAUUCUUACCCUCGCCCGCAUGCUCCGAGCCUCGCAGGAACGCGCGGGAGGGAGGGGGCCUAUAAGACGCGCGUGCAAUCAGGGAUGUUUGAAGCAAGGCCUCGUCCAGGACAUCCCCUGCACCCUCCGACGAUAUGGUUGCGACCCGCCUCUUCUUCUUCGCCUCGGUGAUCGCGCUCGCGGCGGCCACGCCGUUCGUCGGCAACCUCGUCCUGCAUGAGUCCACGGACGUCGUUCCCGAGGGCUUCGUCAAGACCGGCCCCGCGUCGCCCGAUACCCAGCUCAACCUUCGCAUCGCUCUCGUUCAGAGCGAUCCCGAGGGUCUCGAGAAGGCGCUGAUGGACGUCAGCACGCCGUCCAGCGAGCUCUACGGCGAACAUCUUUCCAAGGAAGAGGUCGAGAAGUUUGUCGCUCCCACUCAGGAGAGCGUCGACGCGGUCAACUCGUUCCUCAAGGCCAACGGUCUCACCUCCAAGGUCAUCUCACCCGCCGGUGACUGGCUCAGCGUCUCCAUGAGCGUCAAGCAGGCCAACGCCCUCUUCGACGCGGACUUCCAGACCUUCACCCACUCCGAGACCGGUCAGUCGGCGAUCCGCACGCUCGCCUACUCCAUCCCCGCCUCGCUCAAGGGACACCUGGACCUCGUCCACCCCACCAUCUCCUUCCCGAACCCCUUCGCCGGCAAGGUCCUGGCUAGCGCUCCUCUCGAAUCCUUCGCGGGUGCCAAGAACCUCUCCAGCCGUGCCGUCCCAGCGUCUUGCGCGUCUACCGUCACCCCCGCCUGCCUCCAGGCUCUGUACGGCAUCCCGACCACCAAGGCUACCCAGAGCACGAACAAGCUCGCCGUCUCUGGCUUCAUCGAGCAGUUCGCGAAUGCCGCCGACCUGAAGACGUUCUUGACCGACUUCCGUACCGACAUGAGCUCCUCGACGACAUUCACCCUUGAGACCCUGGACGGCGGCUCGAACCCCCAGAACGCUAACGAAGCCGGCAUUGAGGCUGACCUCGACAUCCAGUACACCGUCGGCGUCGCCACUAACGUUCCCACCGUCUUCAUCUCCGUCGGCGAGAACUUCCAGGACGGCGCGCUCGAGGGCUUCCUCGACAUCAUCAACUUUUUGCUGAACAUGGCCUCCCCGCCGCAGGUGCUCACGACCAGCUACGGCCAGAACGAGAACACGAUCUCGCGCGCCCUCGCCAACCAGCUGUGCAAUGCUUACGCCCAGCUCGGUGCUCGUGGAACUUCCAUUCUCUUCGCGUCCGGCGAUGGAGGCGUGGCCGGAUCCCAGACCACUCGCUGCACUACCUUCUUGCCGACGUUCCCCUCGGGCUGCCCCUUCAUGACCUCUGUCGGAGCCACGACCGGUAUCUCCCCUGAGGCCGCCACCACCUUCUCCUCGGGCGGCUUCUCCAACUACUUCGGCACCCCGUCGUACCAGUCCACCGCCGUCUCCUCCUACCUCACCCGUCUCGGCAACACCAACAGCGGCCUUUUCAACCGCUCCGGCCGUGCCUUCCCCGACGUUGCCGCCCAGGGCCAAAACGUGGAGAUCAUCGUCGGCGGCAGCGCUGAGCUCGUCGCGGGCACGAGCUGCUCCAGCCCCAUCUUCGCCUCCGUCGUUUCCCUCCUCAACGAUCGCCUUAUCGCCGCCGGCAAGAGCCCGCUCGGCUUCCUCAACCCUUUCCUGUACUCCACCGGCGCUUCCGCGCUUAACGACAUCACCAGCGGACACAAUACCGGCUGCAACACCAACGGCUUCGCCACCAUGACCGGUUGGGACCCCGUCACCGGCCUCGGUACCCCCAACUUCGCUAAGCUCCUUACUGCUGUUGGGUUGUAA